CACCAUGGACAUCGACUGGCAGAACAGCCUGACGGAGCUGAAGGACCGGGGGCAGUACCUGCUGCACUCGGAGAAGUGGGCCGACUGCCGUUUCUUGGUGGGAUCGGGCUCCUCGCCGAGCCAGCGCCUCAUCGCCGGCCACAAGCUGCUCCUGGCCAUGGCCUCGCCGGUCUUCGAGCGUAUGUUCUACGGCAAUCUGCCGGACAAAACGGAUCCCAUUGUCAUCCCGGACGUUCAGCCGGAGGCCUUUGAGGCGAUGCUGGAGUACAUCUACACGGAUCGCAUCACCAUCGGUUCGUUCGACAAGGCCUGUGAGCUGUGCUACGUGGCCAAGAAGUACAUGCUGCCGCACGUGGUCACCCGCUGCACCCACUUCCUCUGGGCGGAUCUCAGCCCAAAGAAUGCCUGCCGGGCGUACGAGUUCGCCAAGCUAUUCGAUGAACCCCGGCUGAUGCAGAGCAGCAUGGACCUGAUUGCGGCCAAUACGCGCGAGGUGCUGUCCGAUCCCAGCUUCCUGGACAUCGAGGUCUCCACCCUGAUGGCCAUUCUCGACCAGAACCGCCUGAAUAUCGACUCCGAACUGGAUUUGUUCAACUGUCUGCUUAAGUUUGCCAGCGAGCGGGGCAUCCUGAAUGAAUCUGGGCAGGAAGGUGGUCCAAUUGCCAAGGAAUCGCCCGACACCAGCGCCGCCGGUCAUGUGCUCGUCGAGGAGAUCAAAAUGGAGCCCGAUGUGGCGGCCAUGGUGCAGCAUAUGCAUCAGGAUGACGAGGGCGACAGCUUCGAGACGGCCUCCACUUCCGCGGCAGCUGCUGCUCCCUCCGCCGCCGUUGCCGCCGCCGCCUCGCCGCCUUUGGACGUGGCCUCCGGCUCCGACGACCUGGUCAUCAUCGACAGCGACGCCUCCGCCGAUGCGGCCGCCAAUAUGAUCAACAUCAUGGACGCCCAGCGCACCAUUCUCGACGGCGCCAUGCUGCGUCAGGCGGUGAAGAAGAUCCGCUUCCUCACCAUGACGCCCCAGCAGUUUGCCGAGGGUCCGGCGCGCUCCAAGCUGCUGCAGCAGCACGAGGCUUUGUCUAUAUUGAUCAAGAUCUCCAGCCCGUCGCUCAAUGACUGCCACAUGCCCGAGGGCUUCUGUGUGUCGCGCAGCACGCGUAAUUUCUACGAGUCGGGGCAUAGGCAUGCCCAGCGCGAGUUGUCUUCUUCAUAUCGCACGGGAGCCGCUCCCUCGGGCGGCGUUUGCUUCCCGGGAGCAGGUCCUGCAGUCCGCGGAGGAGGAGGAGGAGGCGUCGUCGCCGGAGGAAUGAUGAUGGGCAAUGCCCCGCGUUUUGGUUCAAUCAGCGCAGGCUUUGGCUUUGCCGGCGAGGAGCUGCCCGUGGGCGUGCCGCCCGAGGGCCGCUUUGGCGAGGGCUACGAGGGCGGCGGACCGGCUGCCCCGCCGCCUGCGAACGAAGAUGAGGCGGGCGAACGAGGAGGACCGGCGGCUGCCAGCGGAGCAGCUCCCCCGGCAGCUGCCUCCGCCGCUGGAAACUCGCACAACGACAUGGUGCGCGCCUACUGCAUGCGCUCGCUGACCCGCCAGUUCGAUUUCCGCAACACCAGCGUCACGGAUGCGGGCGUUACCUUCCAGGUGGACACGAAUAUCUGGAUACUGGGCGUCCAGGUGCCGACGCGUGUGCUGUGCGGCGAGCUGAUGACCUCGGCCGGGUUUACAGAGCGCUACACCGAGGUGCUGUACGCGCACAUUCAGGAUAUGCAUGGCUCGAGGAUCACAUAUACGCACUGCACUGCGCGAGUGCGCUACGACUCCCUGCUGGACAUCACCUUCGAUCGGCCCGUUUACAUCUACCGCAAUCAAAUCUACAAGAUCUACGUGGUGUUCAACAAGACCGGCUGGUAUCCCAUGUACUCCUGCGUGCCCGAUGCCAACUGCAAUCGCGUCAAGUUCAUGUUCAACGUGGGCAAUCCCACGGAAUCCGUUCGCGACGGCCUCAUCUACGCCAUCAUCUUCUCGACGCCCCAGGACCACGGCCGUCACCUGGUCGACUGAAUCCCCAGGAGCAAUAAUUAGUUUACACCUACCUUUUUUUUCGAUGUAUUUUCUAUGUGAUAGAUGUUGGCGUCUCUCUGGCCAAGGAAAUUAAUUGAUCUGUACGCCGAAUUGCUUCCCAAUUAAUAUUUACAAGCUGGGAACUAAUUCUGCACUGUUUUUUUUACAUCACUUAACUUAUUCAUAGUUUGUGUUCCUUAUCUAAAUUGGCAUAAUACCUUGGAUCAAUCAAUUAGUUUCGAAAGGCUGUUGCCAAUUCUGCAUUUAUAUUUUCGCGUGCUUGAUUUCAGCUGCCAAAUGAUAGUGAAACAACUCUUCUGACAAACAUCACCAAUAGGUAUACUUUGCUUCCAAACAUAUUUGUUUAAUACUUAGGUUUUUGUGGAUCAACAAGCUAAUAUUU